AUUAAAUGUGAUUUAUUUGCAUUUUGUCGCAUCCACUGCGCUUAUUGUAGAAAUAAAUUAGACAUGUAUUAUAUACAUCCUCCGUACCGGCAGGUGGCGCUACACACUACAGUAUCCGAACAUAAUGCAACAAAACAUGCUGGGCUCGUCUCAGUCCGACUCUUCACAUUCUCUAAUCAACAUUUUACUAAAUUUAUACUUCAAUACUUAAAUUUACUAUAAAAUAAAUAUUUGUGUGUGUGUGUGUGUGUGUGUGUGUGUGUGUGAGUGAGAGAGCUGAUGGAGGGACAUGAGGAGGAGGACAGGGACUGGGACACCCUGGACACCGGAUCCCCAGGUGAAGGUGUGGAGGAAGAUCCUCGCGUGAUCCUGCAUUUUGACAUGGACUGUUUCUACGCGCAGGUGGAGAUGAUCCGUAAUCCUUCCCUGAGCUCCAAACCUCUUGGUGUGCAGCAGAAGUACCUGGUCGUCACCUGUAACUACGUAGCGAGAGCUCGGGGCGUGGCCAAGCUGAUGUCUGUGAAGGAGGCGCUGGAGAAGUGUCCUGACCUGGUGCUGGUCAGAGGAGAAGAUCUCACCUUCUACAGAGAGAUCUCCUACAAGGUCACAGAGCUCCUGAUGUCAUACUGCCCCAUGGUGGAGAGGUUGGGUUUAGAUGAGAACUUCAUGGAUGUGACGGAGCUGGUGGAGAGCAGGAGGAAGAACAUGGAUGUCUCUCAGCUCUCCUUUGUGGGUCACGUCUACGGACAUGAUGUCCAAGACGUACCUGUACAGUCCCAUGUGAGUCUGGCAGUAGGUUCAGUGAUAGCGAGUGAGCUGAGGGAGGCACUGUUCUCCAGACUGGGCAUGACCUCCUGUGCGGGUGUGGCUCACAGCAAGCUCCUGGCUAAACUGGUUUCAGGAACGUUCAAACCCAACCAGCAGACCACACUGCUCCCUCACAGCGUCCAACAGCUGCUUCUGGGCCUGAGUGCAGCCAGCAAAGUACCAGGAGUCGGUUACAGGACGGCUGAGAGGCUGAAGGUUCUGGGUGUGUGCAGUGUGAGGGAUCUGCAGCAUGUUCCUCUCAGGCAGUUGGUGUGUGAGUUUGGAGAAGUGAAUGCUAAACGCCUCCAGAGCCUGGCGCACGGUGUGGACCUCACCCCUGUCACCCCCGCCGGCCCCCCACAGUCUCUGAGUGAUGAGGACUCAUUUAAGAAAAUCUCCACACUGUGUGAAGCACAGAGUAAAAUCACAGAGCUGCUGCUGAGCCUCACACACAGAAUGCAUAAGGAUGGCAGGUUGCCUCAGACACUGAGACUGACUCUGAGACGGAGCAGUGCACCGAGUCGCUGGUUCAGUCGAGAGAGCAGACAGAGUCCGAUUCCCUCACACAUCGCACACAGGAUCAUUAACGGCAGCCCGGAGGCAGUGCCCCAGCUGGUUGCCAUAGCGAUUAAACUCUUACAAAAACUGGUGGACGUUCGCGAGCCGUUUCACCUCACGCUGCUGAACGUGUGUUUUACCAACCUCCAGGCCAGAACAUCUACCAGGAACUCCAUCAGCUCCUUCUUCACCUCCACACCCACACACACCUCCACUAACAGCUUUACACAACCACAAGCUUUGUGUGGAAGCAUGAACCCUUCAAACUCCAGACAAUCAUCAUCAUCACUCUCAUCCACAUCAUCUUCAUCCACAUCAUCAUCAUCAUCCUCUCCAUAUUUCCAGCAGCCAAUCAAAUCCAGCUCCACCUUGCCUCCUAUUCCAGAACCUUCUGAUCCCAGGGCAGUUCCCUCACCACCACUCCCCACUGAUGUAGACCCAGACGUGUUCAGAGCUCUCCCUCAACACAUUCAGGAGGAACUCAUGUCCAGCUUCCAGAAAGGUCCUGUGGUGGAGAUGGAGGAAUGUCAGAGUGGGUCUGCUCCACCCACUGCCCACGCUGAUGACCUCAUCACACAGUGCCAGGGUGAAGCAGAGAACCCGGGUGACGUCAGUGCUACAGCUGAGGUUCCUGAGGUUCCUCCUGACGUAGACCCGUUUGUGUUCUCACAGCUUCCCGUGGACAUGCAGGCGGAGCUGCUAACGGAGUGGAGGCGGAGCAAACUCACACUAAAGAUCUCUCAGAAACACACGAGCAGACGCACGACCACGUCUACGAAGCGACCUGUGGCGAAGCGCUCUCACAGCUCCAGCCUGCUCCAGUACUUCAAACCCUCGUCUGAUAAACCCUCCUGAGAUCUUCUCAGCCUGGGGAAUGGAGUGUAGGACUUAUGGUUGUGAUUAUUUCAAGUGUGAAUCUUUUAUAUUUAGAUGGUUUUGUAAAAAGGUUUGUUAAUAAAACAUGAAGAUGA